AUGAGCUUUCGACCAAUAUUGCCACGGCCAAUUGCAGUGCGGGACGCGAAUUCGCUAUGUUUGCGAUGUUGGCGAAGGCUCGCAAAAGCACCACCCCAGUCGCAGAGGCCGAUUUCUUUCAAUCCAUCGCAUAGAGAGAAUGCCAUAACUGCCGUGAGAGGCGGUAGUGCUUUCGGUGAUGGAUACUUCCGGGCAAAUCCGAUAUUAAAGGACACAUUCUGGAAGGCAAGACCAGAGUUACAGAGCUCAAUCCUAUCUAUAAGAUCGGCCAAUGCAGGAGGGCAACAAGCGGCGAACGAAGAUGGAACAACUGGCACACAAGAAGUGUUGCCACACAGGCGGCGGAAGAAAGCAAAGGAACAGGCAAUGGAGAAUCCGGAGACGGCGUAUCCUAUCCCACACGAUGCAUCGUCCAAGCUGGCCCACAUAUCCUCGAGCCUCCCGCAACAGUCACUCAAGCGCAUGAUGACUACGUACCUCUCGCUAUCGAAACCGCGUCUAUCCUUCCUCGUUGUCCUCAGCGCGACGGCCGCAUACUCGCUAUACCCCGUACCUGGCCUGCUUGCACCCGCAGCAACAGCCACCCCGUCCCUCUCGACCCUCACACUCUUCUUCCUCACAUCCGGCACUGCGUUGUGCUCGGCAUCUGCAAAUGCCUUCAACAUGAUCAUGGAGCCUGCACAUGAUGCUAAGAUGAGCCGCACGCGUAAUCGACCUCUCGUCCGGAAGCUCAUCAGCCCACGAGGCGCCAUCAUCUUCGCCGUCGCAUGCGGGGUCCUUGGUACUGGGGCCCUCUACUAUGGUGUCAAUCCUACGACGGCGUUUCUUGGCGCCGCCAAUAUCGUCCUGUAUGCGGGCGUGUACACACCCAUGAAGCGCAUGCAUGUAUUGAACACCUGGGUUGGCGCAAUAGUAGGAGGCAUCCCGCCGCUCAUGGGUUGGACGGCUGCGGCGAGCCAAUACGCCCAUGACGGGACAUGGGAAGAACUGCUGUUUGGGGAGGGCUCCGCUGGUGGGUGGCUGUGCGCUGCGCUUUUGUACGCCUGGCAAUUUCCUCACUUUAACGCGCUGAGUUGGGCCAUCCGCGACGAGUACAAGAACGCGGGCUAUCGCAUGUUAGCCUGGGUGAACCCCGGCAUGAACGGACGAGUCGCAUUGCGAUAUUCUAUCCUGAUGUUUCCUGUUUGCAUUGGCUUAUCAUACUGCGGCGUAACCGACUGGAGCUACGUAGUUACGAGCAGCGUCGUGAAUGGUUGGAUGGCGCUCAAGGCUUGGCAAUUCUGGAGAGCCGAGGGACAGAAAGGAACGGCAAGAGGCCUGUUCUGGGCUAGCAUCUGGCACCUUCCCAUAGUCAUGGUAUUAGCCAUGGCCCAGAAGAAGGGACUAGGAGAACGUAUUUACCGGAGUAUAUUCGGAUACUCAGACAUCGACGAAGAAGAUCUGUAUUAUGAAGCUGGCGAGCUUGAAGAAGAGGAGCAGAAGCAGUUAGUUGUCGUCGAGGGCAGGCGAGUCGCAUGA